ACAAUAGGCCGAAUCCAUCUCAAUUUUCUUUUCUUCUGAUGAAAAUUAAGAAUGUUGAGUGGGUCUCGGUGUAAUUUUCAUUGCAGUGCUCACCAAUUUGCCACCAUUUUAGCUGCUUCUACACUGACCUCAGAAUCUUCUUUCAAAAAUUUUAGAAUCAGAUUGAGGAGCAGGAACAGUAAUAGUUCUUGUUUGAGCAAUAAAGUUUGUGAUUUUGGGGUCAAUUGUGUUCAACCCAAAUCUUCAGAUACCCAAAGCUCUUUGCUUUCUGAAACUUUGAGUGCAAUUAGGGAUUUGUUGAACCCAAAUGUUCAUAUAACCAAAGCUCUUUAUUUUCUGAAACUUUGAGAUUCUUGUUUGAGCAAUAAAAAUUAGUGAUUUAUUGAACCCAACUGUUCAUAUAACCAAAGCUCUUUAUUUUCUGGAACUUUGAGCCAAUCUGGAACAGAUGAGGAGCCUCCAUCAGAAAGAUUGCCAAUUCUUACAGGCGGGAUAGUAGCUCUGGGGAAAUUUGAUGCACUCCAUAUUGGUCACCGCGAGCUUGCAAUUCAAGCAGCAAAGAGAGGAAUUCCAUUUCUUCUUUCAUUUGUUGGGAUGGCGGAAGUACUUGGAUGGGAACCAAGGGCUCCCAUUGUUGCUGAAUGUGAUCGCAAAAGGAUUCUUUCGUCUUGGGCUCCUUAUUGCGGUAGUAUAAUGCCAAGGGAACUCCAGAUAGAUUUUUCGAAAGUUCGAUAUCUUACGCCUUGUCAGUUUGUGGAGAAGCUUUCCAAAGAGCUGGGAGUACGAGGAGUUGUUGCUGGCGAGAAUUAUCGUUUUGGAUAUAGAGCUGCUGGUGAUGCAUCAGACCUUGUGAAGCUCUGUGAGGAGUAUGGAUUAGAGGCUUAUAUAAUCAAUUCUGUCAUGGACACAAAUCAAAUUUCUGGAGACUUGAACUCUAAAGACGGUAAAGAGAGAGGGCAAGUAUCAUCUACUCGUGUUAGGUAUGCCCUUCACAAGGGAGACAUGAAAUAUGUGUCAGAGCUAUUAGGUCGGAACCAUCGUCUUAUUUUAAUGAUGGAAGACCAAGAAAGGUUUACUAGUGAGAGAAAUAGGCUGUCUGCUCCAAAGUCUUGUUUGUUGAAUCUUGCACCUAAGGAAGGUCUUUAUGAGAAUUGUUCAGUUUUGAUUGACAAGAGUGUUAUUCCCUGCAGAGUAAUAGUUGAUACAACAUAUAUUCAUUUGGAAUCCUAUGAGGUAGCUAGUUUUUCCUGUGUUACUUCUCAAGACUUAAAGAUAUUGGGUAUUGACUUUGGCAGUCCAAAGUUAGAAGGGGUUCAAAUUUUGUAAUUCAUUCCCGAUAAUUUGUUAGUGCAACCAUUUCUGAA